AUGAGGCCUACGGAGAAGGUGCUUCUGGUCUGGACACUCGUCUGUGCCCCCAUUCGGCAUCUUCCGGAGUGGCGAUGGGUCUGGAAAUCCUCUCUGCAGUGUCUCGUUGCAAAACCCAUUCGAUUGGCCAAUGAUGACCGCAUAAUGCCGAGCGUGACCAGCCCUCCACCAACUGUGGGUGCUGAUCAGAAGGCAACUCAAGCGCCGGGCCACCUUCCAGCCAGAACAUAUUUGGGAGGACAAACACAGAGAAAUAACACCGCAAACGCAACCAUGGACUCUGCCAAAGAGACUGCCAAAGAGACCUUCCACAAGGUCAUCCAUCCUAGUAUGGACCCAAGCAAGAACACCCAACAGCCGGCCAGCACCGGCCUCGAGCGAGACCUGGAGCCCAAGCCGCAAAAGGUUCACCUACCAUCCGAAGGCGAAGACAUUGUGUACACGCCAUCGGGUAAGCUCGCGGGGAAGAAGGCUUUUAUCACCGGAGGAGACUCCGGCAUCGGCCGUGCGGUAGCCAUCCUGUUCGCUAUGGAGGGCGCCACCGUGGCCAUUGUCUAUCUCCCGCCCGAGGAAGAGGACGCACAGCACACCAAGACCCAGGUAGAGAAGAACGGCGGGCAGGUCAUCCUCAUCCCCAGCGAUCUGUCCUUGUCGAUUGACUGCAAGGAUGUCGCAAAGCGGGCUGUAGAAGCGCUCGGCGGGAUCGAUAUCUUGGUUAACAACGCUGCCACUAGGCAGGAGCAAGGAGGUAUUUGUGACAUUUCCGAGUGA